UGGGGUGGUGGGGUGGUGGUGACAAAGCAUGAGACCCUGAAAGAGAGGUCUGGAAUUCACUGUUUCUUCCAGACUACCCUUUCCUUUCCUCAUACCUGUCUGUCCUUUCCGUCCUCAGUUAAUUAUUGCACACCAAACCAAACAGGCACUUUCUGACUGUAGUGUUAAGCCUAAUUUAUCUGUUUUUCUUUUUGUCUGUUGUGCUUUUGAAGUUGGGUCCAGGAAACCAUCUAGUGGUGAUCCAAGGAUGUGAAGAUUUACUCCUGUGCUUUAUUUUAGGAGCUUUUUAGUUUUGGUUUGCACAUACAGGAAAACGACUCAUCUGAGUUAAUCUUUAGAGUACAGGUGUUUAGAAGGGGUCUGAAGCAUUCUUCUGCAUGUGUAUUAUCUUAGUACCAUUUGUUGAAAUGAUUGUUUCGUUAUUGAAUGAUCAUGGUACCUUUGUGAGAAAUCAGUUGGCAAUAAAUGUAAGGGUUUAUUUCUGAGCUCUCAGUUCUCAUUACACUGAUCUAUAUGUCCAUCCUUAUGCCAGUACCAUGCUGUCUUGAUCACUGUAGCUUUAAGAAGUAGUUUUUGAAAUUGGGAAGUAUGAAUUCUCUACCCAGUGAUUUUUUUUAACAAAGAUUUAUUUACCUAAUUGAAAGGCAGAGUUACAGAGAGGCAGAGGCAGAGGCAGAGGCAGAGAGAGAGAGAGAGAGAGAGAGAAAGAGAGAAAGAGGUCUUUCACCUGCUGGUUCACUCCCCAAAUGGCCACAGCAGCCAGAGCUGGACCUAUCUGAAACCAGGAGCCAGCAGCUUCUUCUGCUUCUCCCACGUGAGUGCAGGGGCCCAAGGACUUGGGCCAUCUUUUGCUGCUUUACCAGAUACACUAGCAGGGAGCUGGAUCAGAAUUGGAGCAGCUGGAACUCAAAGCGGCACCCGUAUAGGAGGGUGGCACUGUAGGUGGCAGCUCUACCUGCUAUGCUACAGUGCUGGCCCCUACCCAGUGAUUUUUUAGAUACAUGUGUUGUGUAGUGUGUGUGUGUGUGUGUGUGUGUGUGUGUAAGGCAGGCCAGGGUGCAGGGAGUGAAGGGAAGAGAGAUCUGCUGUCCAUCGGUUCACUCCUCAAGUGGUCUGGGCCAGGCCAAAGCCAGGUCUCCCAUCCAGCAAAGAGCUGGAUCAGAAGUGCUGAUAUGGAUGCCAGUGUCACAGGUGGUGGCUUCAGCUGCUACAUCACAAUGCUAGCCUCAAUCCAUCCAAAUCUUUUGUCCAUUUUUAUUGGGCUCCUUUUUAUUUUUAUUUCAUUAUAUUGUGGGUAUAAUUCCUUUGAUAGGUAUCUGUAUUGCAGUGUCUUCUUUUGCUUACCUUUUAACUCUUUAUAGUUUAAUGAAAAGAAAUUUUAAUAUCACUGAAGUUACAAGUCUUAUCCCUUAAUGGAUAGUGCUUUUUGUGUUUGGACUAAGACAGCCCUUCCUUCCAUGAAGUCAUAAAGGUAUUUUCUGUAUUAUUACAUUCUUGUACUUCCCCUGUUGUGUUUUUUAAUCUGUUGUGAAGACAGCUUUUUGUUGUGGGACAGGUGUCUGAUUUCACUGAGUUUCCUGUCCAGCCGCGCAGCCCUGCAUUGAGAAUGCUAAGCUGCUGUGUGCUCUUAUGUUAUACCUAAGUGUGCACAAACGCAUGGCUUUGUUUUUGGGUGCCAGCAUCUGUUCCAUGUUGUCUCAACUCCUGUAAAUAAGUCUUGAUGCAUGGCAGACGUUUUUGUUUUUUCUAAGAUUGCCUUGCACUCCUGUUUUCACCUAUCUGAGAGGCAGAAUGACAGAGAAAGUGCUCUUCCAUCCACAGAUUCACUUCCCAAAUGCCCACAACAGCCAAGGCUGUGCCAGGAAUUCCAUCAGGUUUCCCAGCUGUGUUGGCGUAGAAGAGCACCAUGCAGUUGACAUUGACCUGUAUCACUGUCCCAACUGUGCAGUUCUACAUGGUUCUUCUUUGAUGAAGAAGAGGAGGAACUGGCACAGGCACGACUACACAGAAGCUGAUGAUGGCUCCAAACCCGUGCAGGCUGGAACUCGGACUUUUGUUAGGGAAUUGCGUUCUCGAGUCUUCCCAAGUGCCGAUGAAGUCAUUGUGAAGAUGCAUGGCAACCAACUGACACAAAGAUACCUGGAGAAACAUGGAUUUGAUGUCCCUAUUAUGGUCCCUAAAUUAGAUGACCUAGGACUCAGGCUCCCUCCACCUGCUUUUUCUGUGAUGGAUGUGGAACGUUAUGUAGGUGGUGACAAAGUGAUAGAUGUCAUUGAUGUGGCAAGGCAGGCAGACAGCAAAAUGACACUUCACAAUUAUGUUAAAUACUUCAUGAACCCUAACAGACCAAAAGUGUUGAAUGUGAUCAGCCUUGAAUUUUCAGAUACAAAGAUGUCUGAAUUGGUGGAGGUCCCUGAUAUAGCCAGAAAACUUUCCUGGGUGGAAAAUUAUUGGCCAGAUGAUUCAGUUUUUCCCAAGCCAUUUGUUCAGAAAUACUGCUUAAUGGGAGUUCAAGACAGCUACACAGAUUUCCACAUCGACUUCGGAGGAACUUCAGUCUGGUACCAUGUCCUCUGGGGUGAGAAGAUCUUUUAUUUGAUAAAGCCAACAGAUGAAAAUCUGGCACUCUAUGAAUCUUGGAGUUCAUCUGUGACCCAGAGUGAGGUGUUCUUUGGAGACAAAGUGGAGAAAUGCUACAAGUGUGUGGUGAAGCAGGGACACACCUUAUUCGUUCCUACAGGGUGGAUUCAUGCUGUGCUCACGUCUCAGGACUGUAUGGCUUUUGGGGGGAACUUUCUGCACAACCUUAACAUUGGCAUGCAGCUCAGGUGUUAUGAAAUGGAGAAAAGGCUAAAAACACCAGAUCUUUUCAAAUUCCCUUUCUUUGAAGCCAUAUGUUGGUUCGUAGCCAAAAAUUUGUUGGAAACUCUCAAAGAGCUGAGAGAAGAUGGUUUCCAGCCGCAGGCUUACUUGGUCCGAGGAGUGAAAGCCCUGCACUCUGCUUUAAAGCUCUGGAUGAAGAAGGAACUGGUAUCUGAACAUGCCUUUGAAAUUCCAGACAAUGUUAGACCUGGACAUCUUAUUAAAGAACUUUCUAAAGUAAUUCGAGCAAUAGAGGAGGAAAACGGUAAACCAGUUAAAUCUCAGGGAAUUCCUACUGUGUGUCCAGUUUCAAGAUCCUCAAAUGAAGCAACUUCUCCUUACCAUCCCCGACGAAGGAUAAGGAAACUUCGAGAUCAUAAUGUCCGAGCGCCUUCGAACCUGGACAUCCUAGAGCUCCACACGAGAGAAGUCCUCAAAAGAUUAGAGAUGUGUCCAUGGGAAGAGGACAUCUUGAGCUCUAAACUGAAUGGAAAAUUCAACAAACAUCUCCAGCCAUCUUCUACAGUACCUGAAUGGAGAGCGAAAGAUAAUGAUCUACGAUUAUUACUGACAAAUGGAAGAAUAAUUAAAGAUGAGAGACAGCCCUUCGCAGAUCAGAGUCUUUAUACAGCAGAUAGUGAAAAUGAAGAGGAUAAGAGGAGGACAAAAAAGGCAAAAAUGAAGCUGGAAGAGUGUUCAGGAACGGAGGGGGUGGAAAACGAGCCUCGGAAACCACUGAACAGGUUUUUCACAAGUGUGAGAUCAGAACUCAGGAACAGAUCAUCAGAAUACUCGGACAUUUCUGACUCGGAAGACUCCAGCCCUGACUGCGCUGCACUGAAAAAUAAUUUUACCACUGAAGAAUCUGAAAGUUCAGGUGAUGAAAAGAAACAAGAAGUCACAUCAGCCUUCAAGGAAGAAUCUGAUGUGAUGAGGCGCUUCCUUCAGAAGAGCCGGCAGCCAUCCAGAAGGGAAAUUCCAAUUAAAAGGGAAUGUCCUACCUCGACGAGCACAGAGGAAGAAGCUAUUCAGGGCAUGCUGUCUAUGGCAGGGUUGCACUAUCCCACAUGUUUACAAACGCAAGUGCAAAGCACAGACUGCAGUGGUGGAAGACAGUCUCUCCAGGAGCCCAGCUGCCACAGCAACCAGGAGGUUGGGCAGUCCUGUCGCUACGACAGACCGGUGCAAUGUGGAUACCAUGUCAAGACUGAAGAUCAGGACUUGAGGACUUCUUCCUGGAUUAAACAAUUUGAUACAACUUCCAGAUUUAAUCCUCAGGAUCUAAGUAGAAGCCAGAAAUGCAUAAAAAAGGAGGGCUCAUCAGAAAUCAGUCAGAAGGUACAAAACAGGAAUCUCACGGACAGCAGUGGCUCAAGCUUUCAGAAUGGAAAGUAUAUGCAGAAUUCGAGUGUGGUUUCAGGGGCGUGCCAGAUAAGUAACGGCAGUCUAAGCCCAGAAAGGCCCGUUGGUGAAACUUCCUUUUCAGUGCCCCUUCACCCCACCAAGAGACCUGCAUCAAACCCACCCCCUAUCAGCAACCAGGCCACAAAAGGUAAGCGUCCAAAAAAAGGAAUGGCAACAGCCAAACAACGUCUUGGGAAGAUCUUGAAGUUGAACAGAAAUGGCCAUGCACGCUUCUUCGUGUGACGGAGCUGCUGUAGUAGCCAUUCUUCCCUUUGGAGGCCAGUCUUGGGGUGCAGAAGCCUGGAGCUCCCGCUGUCCCCUGGCCUGGAGCAGUCUGCGUGUACAGUAAGAAUACUGCCCGAGAACAGAGUGAACCUGAUGCUGCAUUUUCACUGUGCCACACCCACUCAGCAAUAACCCUUUGGACCUGGUGGGGGAGAGGAUGAAAGAGGGUAGAACCUUAAAAGGAGACCUUGAACUGAAAAGGGUCUCUUGUCAGGGCUUGAAUUUCAUUUUGUUGUUGGUAGUGUCUUGAUUUAUUCAGUAGUAGGGUAAAGAAUUAUCAAUAAUUUAUUUAACAGAUUUUUUUUAAAGUUAACAGCUUUUAAAUUCUUUCUUUUUUAAAGCUAUUUAUUUGGAAGAUUUCUGGAGAAAUAUCUCACUAAUUUAGAUUUAAGAAUGUGAAGGUUUUUAAAUUAUUUUUGAUAGUGUGUAUGUUACAUGUGGGGAAGAGCCACGGUAACAGUAACUAGUCUGGACUCUUAAAUUUGAUAUUCAGGUUAAAGUCUUAAACAGGGAUUUGAUGCAUUAAUUAUUUUAAAUUAAGAUGUAUAUGGAAAUCAUUUUAUUUUAUAUAUUCAUGUGUUUUUAUAAGCUAUCAGCUUCGCUUUUGCUAACAUCCAAGGUGCAUACCGUUACCCAGGUUGAUGACCUUACAUCCCACCUUCCCUCUGCACUCCCUCAUUUUGUGGUGACCCGACAGUACUCUUCUCUUUGCAGGGAAACUCUUCAUAGCCAAUAUGUAAGAACUCCAUGAAAGACCCCUCAGUUUUCAUUUUGUUUGAAAUUGUGGAUUUCUUCUAAAUGUAAAGAAAAUGGGCUUCUUGCAUUUUCAUUUCUGCUGAUGAUAUCUAGGUCCCAAAGAGAACAGCUUUAAUAUCUUUUUCCUACUUGUGGGGAAAGUAUUAUAAGUUUGGUUAAAUUGUCAUGUUUAUAGUUUUUCCAAAUACAUUUGUAACUACAUAGGGCCUUCUUCAUACUGCUGGUGUUGGAUGACAAUACUGACACCUGCUGCCAAGGUUCUCUCUUAUGGCGCUUUUAUUCUCUAUACUAAUUUGGAAACGAUGAUUUGACUUAGGAUGUUCAAAUCUGCAUAAGAAGCAGUAGUAUAAUAGACUCAUACUAUAUUAGGUUGUAUAGAAGCAAGCAUGUUGGGGUAGAUCUUUUCUUAACCUUCUAAAGAAUUAUCUAAGAUAUGGAUUUGGAGUAAAAUGGGUGCUUUUUUGUAGUUUCUCCGUCUCUCCUGACUGGCUGAACUUUAAGGUAAUCACCUAUCUCCUUUAUGUACAAUUUUUACUGAAUGCCAGUUUUCAGUUGCCUGUGCUAGCUUCUAUUCCUCUCCCCCCUGCUCUGGCAUAAAAAUAAGUAAUUUCUAGGCAUGGGGUAGAAAUAUUCACAAGCCUGACAAUAGAGCAUUUUACAAAUUCAUACAAAGAAAAUAUAGGCAAAUAGGAUAAAAUUUAUUUUUAUGGAGAAUAUGGCCAUAUUUGUGAAUUUCUUUUUUUACUCAGUACAGUAAUAGGACUUUCCCUUCUGUAUUAGAAUGUCACUUGAAUUGCUAAGAAAACAAUUACACCAUCUUCUUUCAUGGUUGUUUUCAAAUUUAUAUUUUUAAAAAGCAUUAUUUCUUACUGUCUCCAUUCCAGUACUUCAUGGGAUAAAUAUUAAACAGCUUAUGAAUUGGCCUUUUUGGCCCAGAGUGACUGGACCAAAGUCUGAAUCUUAUCUGCGUGUUGGGAAGAAGAAUUUGUAUGGAAAUCCUCUAUAUCUAUUUAUGGCCUACUUAAACCUUGUCUACACUAUGCCAAAACAAGUGGGAAGAUGGGUACAGUCAGCCUCUGACUGGUCAUCUUACCUCAAGAUGCAAAAGUCUGGUUGUUGGCUGCUUCUCCCAGCUUCCUGCACAAUCUCCUACUGUGAUAUCUUGGUUUUCUGUAGACCGUGUUUUAGUGCUACAGUACAUGUGCUUUUAUUUUAUUUUGGUUUAAGAAAUAGUAACUAUAACUUCCUUUCCCAAUUACAUCAUGGUGUGGAUUUUUUCAUAGCUCCAAGUAUUAAAACAUGGUCAGUACCCACCUGUGUCCCUAGGCCAAUAAAUACUGAUUUGGAGUAGCCAGUACAUAAAAUUUUUAAGUGAAGGUACUGUGGAUUCAUUUUUGGCAGUUUUAGCCCAUUAUCUGGCUAAGUUCCAAAACUUUGAUCAAGGCAACAUAACCACUCUGACAGAAGCACGUAUUUCCUUCUGAACUGGUGAGCAUUCAGCCACUCUCCUCCUCAGCCUUUAGAAAGUCACUGACUGUGAUCCACCCCUUCAUCUCCAGGACACGGCUGAACUCUCAGCAAGCUGCUGCCAGUAACCAGGCUCCACAACAGUUGACAACCAUUUGUCUUCCUUGUCUCAUUUAUCAACAGGACUAUCAUGGAAGACAGCAGUGAGAGCUUUUAGUUAUUGAAAGUGAGUACAAAUACGUAAACUGAGAAUUAGGGCUUAACAUAUGAAAUGUUAGUAAUAGUGAUAGUAGACAAUAAUUUUUCUCUGUUGAUUCAAAUAAGGGAUCCUAACCUGGGAUCCCUUGUGCCGUAACGUAAUUCAUAAUGUUACAUAAUAGUAAGCUCUCCAGUGUUGAUGACUCAGCUUAAUAGUAGUUAAGUGCCCUAGGAAUAUAUUGAACUUCACGAAGGUCAUUUUUGAAGUGUAGGAAAUUGAAGAUUCUGAAUGCAACAUAAACUCAGAGAAUAAGCAGGCCCAUCCUUAUCAGUAGUGAAUACUGAACUUGAAUGCUGUUCUGUUCUUUAAUCUUAAUCACUGCCUUUCCUAUGAACUCUACUGUAUUUACUCGUCUGAAGUCAGCAGGUACUUAACAAGCAUCUACUGUGUGCCAGCACUCCUCAGUACUGCAGGGGAUUCACAGUUGCAGUGUAGUCUCUGCUUCUGAAGGGAACUCCUCUAGGAAAUCAGCAUUAUUUUCACUUCAAGCAAACUUGAGCAAGAGGGCCCAUUCGUAAAAAGCAGCAUAGCUUUAUUAGUUUCAACUGAGAUACACUACACAGGAAUGGAAGUAAAAGAAGUCUGAGUUCUUUUUUAAAAUUGAAGAAACCUCUCAAGAGUUAGCAAUUCCGUGUCGUGCUGAUAUAGAAGCGUGCUGCAGCAGGCAACUUGGGUUUCUGUCACGUUCUGCCCUUGGCAGUGACUUCAGUAAUUACAUCACUUACUGAGUCUUAGUUUUCUUUGUAAGUUUGCAUUAAAACAUGCUUAUUAUGAUAAUUACUUAAGAAAAGCAUAUAGAAAAUCAUCCCUUAAUUUAUUAACAUUUCAUAGAGAAUUUGUCAUUAUUUAAGUUACAGUUGGUAACUAAUGAACGCACCUUUAGAUAUAUUUUAAUAGAGGAACUGCCAUUAUUCAUAAAGUCUGCUGCAUAUCAAAUAUCUGAAGAAUCUCUAACAAGGUGCUGCAUUACAAUCCGAUUCCAUGCUUCAAAUGAAAGAAAAAGAAGUGAGAUCAUUUAUGGAUCAGAGUAAGAAUAAGCAGGUUUAUCCUCAAAUACGUUAAGAUGAAUUAAAGUAACUGAAAGACAGCUUUAGGUUUUCAGAAAGAGGAACUGGGACAGUAGUGCUCCACAGGUCUGGCAUACUCUUCAGGUACCAGAUAAGCGUGAAGUCAGUCAUGGAAUUAAAAUGAUUGGCAGCAAAGCCAUGGAACUAGGGGAAGCUGCAAGGCAGUUAGAAAGCUGGGGACUACAAGGGCUCUGGACUGGUGGCAGCAGCUUGCUGGGGAAGGAGAAAACCACUGGAGUAUUGGAGGGAGAGGCUCGACUGAACACCUUCAGCAGGAAGGCUCUUUCUGCUUUUUUGAAAAGAUGCUCUCUGUAGUGACUAAGAGUACUCUGCAGAGAGUUGAUUAGAAUAAUUACAUGCUCCACCGUGCUGUUAUUGAAACAACUAUUACAGCAGAGAGCACUCUAAGUUUUCACUUUGAGAGGGCCUUUAUAAUGUAAAUAUAAGAAGUGUUAAGAAAUUCAUUCCCCCUCCCCCCUUAUAUGUGAAACUAAUUGCUCCUGACAUAAAGAGAAGCUAAAGCUUACCAGGCUUUUCCUGACGUCCUGGGUCUUGAGAAAAUUCACUGUCCGAUCUUUAGCCUAGUGAGAGCGUGUCCCUGGUAAAUACAGGCCCGUGGAUCCCAGGUGAUACACAGUGGAUCUUGGACUUCCUGAAGCGGCUCCUGUCCCACAACACUGUGGAUAUGCUUCCUAGGCAGAUGGAAACAAAGGGGAGUGAUCUGUGUGCUCACUGUGUUGCUGUUGACCAUACUGUAGUAUUAAUACUGUAGCCUUACUGAAAACUCUUCCCUUAUUUUAACUUGCUUUUCAGUGAACGUCAUGCUGUAACACAAAUAUUUGAUAUCCCGUGCAUAGACAUUUUAAAAAAAUAAUGUCAUUAAGAGGCGAAUGCUUAUUUCCAAAGCAACUACCUUAUCAUGCUUGACUUGUUUUAUUCUUCUGUAGCAUUUUUUUCCCUCUUUAAGAUUCUCUUUUGAAAUAUCCUUAAAUUCUCCCUCUUACCCUUGGUUCCCUUCUGCUGCCUAAGGCUUUGUUUUUAACAAGCUCAAUUACAUUUUUUUGUUAAAACCUUUUUGAAACUAUUCAGUAAUUCUUCCAACAAAUUUAUCUGCUCUGCACUAUUUCACUAAUAAACCCUGGCUACCACGUAGCCCUUGACCUCCAAGUAGUUUACCUAUGCAAGACCUAUGACAUUCUGAAUCCAUUUUUAUUUCACAAGCAGUCAUAAGUGGAACUUAGUCAAAGGUGAAACUUAUCUUCAUCCAGUUUUAUUUUGACCAUUUCCUUUCCAAAAUGUCAGCUGUUUUCCCCCAAGAUUUUUCACCAAAACAAUGAUCAUAAGUGCUAGAAUUUAUGAUAUUUUACAGAAAUGAAAUAACUCAGAUGUACUCUUAUACUUCUUUGAUGGGUUUUGGUUGGUAAAAAUUACCAGCAUUAAAUGUAAUAUAUAAUGAGGAGUUGAUUCCGAACCUAGAAUCAUUUCUUCCCUCUGAGAUUCAUAAGGAACCUUUUAUUUUUACAAAGCAUACAUAUAACUUCCACAUUACAGUCAGGGACCUGAGGUGUUAACUUGCCAAGUGAACCCCAAGGUUAUUUUAUCUUGCAAAAGAAACCUAAACCAAACUAAGGGCCUUACAGUUUAUGGUUAGACUGAAUCAAAAGCUUAUAACCUCAAUUUCUCCAAAAACAGCUCCUGACUGCAAAAGCAAGUCAUGCAGUUGUUAGGCGUGAAAUAGCACUGAGUGGGAGAUGCACAUGCGUCUUUGCAGACUGUAUUUCCUUCAGAAAAAGACUUUUCUACUUUUAAUAUAAAUUAAGCCAUAACAGUUUCAUGCUGUGGAAAGAGGGUGAAAAGGUUCAUUUUAAGAGAUUAUAUAAUAUGAAUUUUCACAUUUACUGUGAAAUGUCUAACUUUGCCAGUGCUUCAGCAAGUUUUCUUUUGGGAGGGUGUUGGAGGGUGGUGACAGGGUGGGGUAGUAUUGGUUUUAGGGAUUUUAAAUCUGUGAAAUUUAAAGAUGGGACAGUUGUUGGCUAUGGUAUUUACUAGUUUUGUAGUAAUGUUUUGCUAGCCUGACUCUCCUUACUGAUUCUUCCGCCCACGGCCCGUGGUGAGUGACUGUUCCUCUUCUUGUUUGGGGUGUCUGUUUGCAUAGGCAGCGGUGUGUGUGCAGCUGUGGCCUCUGAAUCCAGAAGCACACUGUGGCAAUGGAACUGGGGUGUGGCUAGGAAGAGGGGUGCUGAAGCUUUAGGAGCAUCUUUCUUUCCAACUCCUAACAGUAUUUCCCAUCUUUUGCCUGCAGGCAGGGAAAGUGUACAGUAUUUAUUUUGUUUCUGUUUUACUCUAAAUUUGUAAGUCUUUAAGUAGCUUACAUUGAUUAUUAUAGGGGAGGAUGAGUGAUCUGUUUAAAGUUGUAUUUGGUAUUCUUACUUUACAAUUUCUGUAUUUUAAAAUAUUGAAAUUAAAAUUGUAUUACUUCUGUUUUGA